UGAGAAACUGGUAGUGGGGGAACAGGAAGUUCCGCGCAGGCGCACAUCAUUCUUCAGAAUAAAGGAUACGCCAGAAUUGCGCAGCCGAGACGACAACUUCUUCCGUGUAUUACUACUGACCGACUCAGAUUAAGUCUGAGGCCAGUAACAUCAACAGUGAGGACAAACCCAACCUGCCUCUCUCCUUCCACACUGAGUAGAAACCUACAGUCACUGGGUCCUGAUUGUGACAGUGGAGCCCAGUUUGCACUGCAGGAUCCAGAGAUGGCAUCAGUGAAGCUGGAAGACUGCAGUCAAACACUGGAGCUGAAUGUCAACAUUAAAGAUGAAGAAGAGGAGGAGGAGAUUGGGACAAAUGUUUCUCAUGGUAUGAGGCCGGUAACAUCAACAGUGAGGACAAACCCAGCCUGCCUCUCUCCUUCCACACUGAGUCCAAACCUACAGUCACUGGGUCCUGAUUGUGACAGUGGAGCCCAGUUUGCUCUGCAGGAUCCAGAGAUGGCAUCAGUGAAGCUGGAAGACUGCAGUCAAACACUGGAGCUGAAUGUCAACAUUAAAGAUGAAGAAGAGGAGGAGAAGAUUGGGACAUCUGUUAGUCAUGGACGACUAGAAUUACGUCUGAGGCCGGUAACAUCAAUAGUGAGGACAAACCCAGCCUGCCUCUCUCCUUCCACACUGAGUCCAAACCUACAGUCACUGGGUCCUGAUUGUGACAGUGGAGCCCAGUUUGCACUGCAGGAUCCAGAGAUGGCAUCAGUGAAGCUGGAAGACUGCAGUCAAACACUGAAACUGAAUGUCAAUAUUAAAGAUGAAGAAGAGAAGAUUGGGACAUCUGUUAGUCAUGGUAAGAGAAUACUAAGAUUGUGCAAAGCUGUCAUCAAGGCAAAGGGUGACUAUUUUGUAACAGUAUUUUUAUUGGAAUUUCACAAUUUUCACCCAUAUUAAGAGAUACUACAACAG